AAUGAAAAGUUGGUCGGAGGCCAGCCAUGGAUGGCCUCACUUGACCAGCACUGUUAGGCAAUGCAUGGCUGGCCUGUUGGGGCCGGACUGAUUAUCGUUGGCCAGCCGUGGUAGCAGGCACGGUCGUUCUCAUCAAACUGGUAAGAAAAGAAAAAGAUAUAAAAUAUCUUGUCCACAACUCUGAUGUGGUGGGGAGGAGAUUUGGGCUCAGGGCCCAAGCUUUGGGGCCUAAUCGUCCAAGCGUCAUGGUCUAGGUUUAAGGCUCAAAGACAACAAGCCUAGUGUGAGACUUCUGGAUUUCUAUUUUUCGGUCAAUCACGUCAUUUUUUUUGCAAUUAUGGAAAAAGCAGAUGCAGUGUGUGAGUUGAGUUGUACGGUCGACAUCGAUCAUUUCUAUUUGACAAUAGAAUGGAAGUUCCAAUUUAGUUAGACAAGUUAGAAAAUAUAAAUUAUAUUUUUGUUUGAACAUUGGGGUAUCUGCGUGUCAGCCCCAAUGGAUGAUUGGCAACACGCGUCCACAGGUGAGAGGUUGGUUGCAUGAGACUCUUUCUCAUGGGAAAAGAAAAAAAUAGAAAAAGAAUCCCACAAGAUUGGUACUGGUUUUUUCUCUGUGUGUUUCUCAAUGAAUAUGUGACACAGAGUUUGAGAAUGGAGUGCAAUGUAUCAUGUAAAGUGGAAGAUAGAAGAUAGAAGAUGGAUGGUACAACACUACACUCCACUCCAACUCCGCCACGUGACUUUUCCCCUCCAAACUCCCUUCAACCACUCAUGACGUGACAAGUUUCUAGUCGGUAGCUAAAUGCCUCAUGGUGGACGGUGUGAGGGGCAAAAAUGGAGGUUCCUUAUUUUUAUGCAUCCAAGAAGACCCGAACUCUUUGUCGACUAUUAAAAACAAUAAAACAACGUAUGAGAGUUUAGCAUGAAAGAUAGUUUGAGGACCGAGUCUUAAACUUGGUUCAACCGAGCGUGAAGAUUCCAACUUGAAAUUGUUUCUACACCGACAUAUUGUUUUCGUAUACGUGUCUUAUGAAUAUGUUAAAAUAGUGGGGAUGCCAAAAAAUUAAAAAAACUACAUAUUAUAUACUUCAAAGAAAUUCCAUGGAAUGGUCUUCUUUCUUUCUAAAGAUAUGAUUCUUGUAAAUUGGGGUAUUUUUGGCCCACUUUUUAUUAUUUAUUUUUUUUAUUUACUUGAUAACGUAGGUGCGUAGAUGCCUUGCUUUGGUUAAUUCCGUUCUCUGACAUAUCAUGAACACGUGUGUUUCUCUUAUCAAUUUUUUCCAAGCUAUAUAUAUAUAUAUAUCCAACAUUGCACCUUCCUUUUACGGUUCUUCUUGGUCAUUUCUCCUUAUUCUGCAACACCAAAGUUGCAUGCACAGUUUAUAGAAACGGUGAGCAAACUCAUCAAACACCUUUACUUAUUUUGUGUUUGUAUUAUUUUUGAUUUGUUUCCAGAAGUUGAUCAAAAGUAUAUUUGGGAGCUCAGAAUAGUUGAGGGAUCAGAUAAAGUAGUUGGUGACUCAGCUUUACUUUUCCUCUGCUUUUGAUGUAGUUGGUUGGAGUUGGUUUGGUUGAAAAAACAUGAGAGUUACACAGGAGAGAGAAAACCCAAAUUUCAAGAGGCUGAAAUGAGUUGCCUCUGAUCCAGGGAACUCAAGUUUUCAAUGAUUUUCCUUUCUGGGUUUCUGUAUUUGUUCUGAGUUUCUUUAUCUGGCAGCAUUUGAUUGUGCUGGCUGCAAAUAGGACACUGAAUCUCACAUUCAAUUCAUUUGAUCAAAUUCAUAAAGCACUGUUUUUUUUUUCUUUCCUAUGAUCAAUGGGUUGGUAAAAAGUUAGAAAAAGAUGGCUUUGGUUCUUGUCCUAUUCUUUUCUUUCAUGUGGUUGAUGACAAGGGUAGAUAGAGAGGGGUCCAGAGAGGAUUGUCCAGAGAGUUGAAGAGGUUGAAAGGAGCCUAAAGUUUUUCUAUUUAUAGUUUGUAGUUUCAACGUAUUCUUUAAAAUAUUACCACGAACUUAAAACAAUUUAGCAAAUCAAAUUCAAUUUACCAUUUCAGUUCAGUUGUUUCUAAUCCCAAAAUAAUUGUCAUAGGCAUCUAAAUGUUCAUGAUAUUUGUAUUAGAUUAUAGAAAGAUUUAUUUCUCACUGAAGACAGUUCUUGAUUUUUUGUUCUUUUUAACCAAGACACUUGAAAAGAGAGAGAGAAAGUAAUUGCAGACUAGCAAGUUUAUUAGUUUAAGAGGGUUUGGAAGGUGAAGGUUGUUGCUGCCAAGUGAAGGAAAUCCAUGGAGGAGAUAGCUCAGGCAGUUGCGGUUCCAUAUAGGCUAGGUAAUUUGAUCCAUGAAGAGUCAGCAGUAAAAAUCCAAAUGGAAAUGACUGGCCUCAAGUUAAUAGCAAAUUCACCUUGUGAGUCCUUUUCUUGUGGAAAUGAAAGUUACAGAAGCAAUGGUCCGCAUGAUGAAAACAGAGUAGAAGCCACUGUGUCGAAUAUGCUUGCAGGAUACGUGGGUGAUCGGAUUUCUAAUGAAAAUAUUGUUUGGGGAAGUAAGGAGAACAAUAAGUUCAGGCCAUCAUGUGAGGUUGGCAAUGGAUCUAGUACUACUUCUGAUGCCUGUACAUCGCUUAUUUCGGCAACUAGGGAUAAGAAAAUUUGUAGAACAAGCUGCAGUCAGAAAGUUUUCUAUUUGGAUCGAAUACCCCUUUGGGGUUACGCAUCUAUCUGUGGAAGGAGACCGGAGAUGGAAGAUGAUUUUGCCAUUGUACCUCGAUUUUUGCAGAUUCCUAUUCAAAUGUUAAUGGAUGACUGUGGUUUGAAUGGCAUGAAUCAAAACCCCAGUCACUUAACUGCCCAUUUCUUUGGCGUGUAUGAUGGCCAUGGUGGUUGCCAGGUUGCUAACUAUUGUCGCGAACGCGUACAUUCUGCAUUGGCUGAAGAGAUAGAUACUGCAAAAGCAGGCUUGCAUGACAGAAGUACUGGGGAGGGUUGGCAGGAGCAGUGGAAGGAGGCUUUCUCCAAUUGUUUCUUGAAAGUGGAUGCUGAGAUUGGAGGAGCUCCCAGAGGCACGAAUGUGAGCAACACUUGUGCUUCUGGGGACUAUGAUCUCCAACCUAUUGCUCCUGAAACCGUCGGUUCUACUGCUGUAGUCACCGUUAUUUGUCCAACCCAUAUCAUAGUGGCAAAUUGUGGUGACUCAAGAGCAAUAUUAUGCAGAGGAAAAGUGGCUGUGCCAUUGUCAGUAGACCACAAGCCAAAUAGAGAAGAUGAAUGUGCAAGGAUAGAGGCUGCAGGAGGCAAAGUCAUCCAGUGGAAUGGUUCUCGUGUAUUUGGUGUUCUUGCAAUGUCAAGGUCCAUAGGGGACAGAUACUUGAAACCGUGGAUUAUUCCGGAUCCAGAAGUAGUGUUUGUUUCUCGAGAAAAGGAAGACGAGUGCCUAAUUCUAGCCAGCGACGGGUUAUGGGAUUUCAUGACAAACCAGGAGGCCUGCGAUAUUGCACGAAGGCGGAUCCUUCUGUGGCACAAAAAGUAUGGUGAUACCACCAUGUCAAUGGAAAGGGGUGAGGGAGUUGAUCCUGCUGCUCAAGCUGCAGCAGAUUAUCUCUCAAGGCUUGCCUUGCAAAAGGGGAGCAAAGACAACAUCACUGUAGUGGUGAUAGACUUGAAAGCAACAAGGAAGUUUAAAAGAAAAACCUGACUGCAACUAAGAUUGGAAUCUGAGAUAUGCCGGUACAUUAUUAGAUGAAGAGUGGCUCAGCCCAUAAGUUUUUCACCUGGGUUGGGUGUAGUUAUGAAAACUCCUCUGCAUAAAGAAAUGGUCAAUGCUCAAGUAUAGCCUCUCAAGAUUUUUUU